AACAAGAUGUUUUGUUUUGGUAUCCGCUAGUUCAGAGCAGUGAUCUGUCAACAGGUAAAGCAACAAAACUGUACCUGGACAGUUUAAACCGCUGGAUUAAAGACGCUCGUGAGGAUCAUCUUUACUCUGCUUUGUCCGAGUCGAUGAAACGAACCGAGUUUCCAGUGAAAAAACAGACAUUUAGCUACAUUUGGUGGAAGCUAACGGUUAGCUAGCCUAGGCUAACUCGGAGUCACUACUGUCAACAGUUGUGUUCAGCAUGGACAGCACGGCGCUGGAGCUCGAUGCUGUCAAAUUUGCCAAAACAGCCGUGACCCACGACCAGAGCGGCAAAUAUAACGAGGCUGUGUUUUAUUAUAAGGAGGCGGCCCAGGCCCUGAUCUAUGCGGGCAUGGCCGGGUCCAAACUGGAGGGAAUCCAGGACAAAGUGAACGAGUACUUGGAUCGAGUCCAGGCGCUCCACAAUGCUGUCCAGGCCCAGAAGAGCGACCCUCUGAAGUCCCGGCAGCAGGUGGAUCUGGAGCGAGCUCACUUCCUGGUGACUCAGGCCUUCGAGGAAGACGAGAAGGGAAAUGCCGACGAAGCCGUUGAGCUGUACACUCAGGCUGUGGAGCUGUGCAUCAACACGUCCAACGAGACAUCGGACCAGGCGCUGCAGACUAAGCUGAAGCAGCUGGCCCGUCAAGCUUUAGACAGGGCUGAGGGUCUUAAAGAGUCCCAGUCCAGAUCGACUCCAACUCAGGACAGGACGGGGCCUCCUGGAGCCAAGCCCAGCACUGCCGGUGCCAGUUCUGGGGGGCCGGUCCGCCAGUUUCUCCCCCUCGGGCCAGAAUUCAGUCUCCAUGACCGACCGCAACCCCAGCCGGUCCGGGCGGUCCAGUCCAGCGAGCCUCAGGGUCAGCGCUACACGUCUGACGAGAUCGAGGUGCUCAGGAGUACCUCUACCAUCAAUAGCAUCGCCUACGUGCCCUUCAUGAGCGUGGACCUGAGGGAGAGAUUCGCCUUUCCCGUCCCUUUCUCGGACAAGUCAGGGAAACUGGCGCUGUCGCCCAAACAGACAGCCAUCUUCUCCCGCUGGGUCCGUCCAGACGAGCUCUGCAAUAACCCGACCAUGAUCAUGUCUGUGUCCAGCUUCAGCAUCAAGCAGACGGUGGUGUCUGACUGUUCCUUCGUGGCGUCGCUCGCCAUCAGUGCGGCCUACGAGAGGCGCUACAACAAGAAGCUCAUCACCAGCGUCAUCUACCCUCAGAACAGACGAGGGGAGCCGGAGUAUAACCCCUGUGGGAAAUACAUGGUCAAGCUUCACAUCAACGGAGUUCCCAGGAAGGUGAUCAUCGACGACUACCUGCCGGUGGAUCGUAACGGGGAGCUGCUGUGCUCGUACUCCAGCAACAGGAACGAGCUGUGGGUGUCGCUGAUAGAGAAGGCCUACAUGAAGGUGAUGGGAGGCUACGACUUCCCCGGCUCCAACUCGAACAUCGAUCUGCACGCGCUCACCGGCUGGAUCCCCGAACGCAUCGCCAUGCACUCAGACAAUCAGUCCUUCAGCAAGGACGACACUUUCCGCAUGCUCUACCAGAGGUUCCACAGGGGCGACGUCCUCGUCACCACAGCAACGGGCGUGAUGACAGAGGAGGAAGGGGAGCGAUGGGGUUUAGUGCCGACACACGCCUACGCUGUCCUCGACAUCAGGGAUUACAAGGGAAUGCGUUUCCUGCAGCUGAAGAAUCCGUGGAGUCACCUGCGGUGGAAGGGCCGUUACAGCGAGCGGGACGAGAAGAACUGGACACCGGAGCUCCUCAAGUACCUCAACUUUGACCCCAAAACGGCACAGAAGUUUGAUAACGGUGUCUUCUGGAUCUCCUGGGAGGACCUCUGUCAGUACUACGACGUCAUCUACCUGAGCUGGAACCCCGCGCUGUUCAAAGACUCCUCCUGUAUUCACAGUAGCUGGGACGGGAAGCAGGGCCCAGUGAAGGACGUCUACAGCCUGGCCAACAACCCCCAGUACAAGCUGGAGGUCCAGUGUCCGACGGGGGGGGCAGCCGUGUGGGUGCUGCUCACCAGACACAUCACCGACAAGGAUGAUUUUGCACAAAACAGGGAGUUCAUCACUCUCGUUGUUUACAAGACGGAUGGGAAGAAGGUUUACUACCCAGCCGACCCCCCUCCGUACAUCGACGGCAUCCGCAUCAACAGCCCCCACUACCUGACCAAGAUGAGGCUGACCAGCGCUGGAACGCACACCUUCACACUGGUGGUGUCCCAGUACGAGAAGCAGAACACCAUCAACUACACACUGCGGGUAUACUCCGGAUGCAAAUUCUCCUUCUCCAAGAUCCCAAACCCCUUCACUCAAACCAAACGGAUCAACGGCCAGUGGAAGGGGCCCAGCGCCGGAGGCUGCGGGAACAACAAGGACUCGUACAAACACAACCCCAUCUACCAGGUCAACCUGGAGCGGCCGGCGCCGCUGCUCGUCGAGCUGCGAGGGUCCAGGCAGUACAGCGUCGGCUUCGAGAUGGUGACGGUGUCGAUGGUGGGGGAUCCCGGCCCGGCUGCCGUUCAGAAGAGGAGCAGUGGAGAUUACAGGUGUGGCUUCUGCUACAUGGAGGCGGACCACGUCCCAGCAGGCCUCUACAACGUCAUCCCCACCACCUUCCUGGCCAAACAGGAAGGACCCUUCUUCUUGGACUUUGCCAGCACCUCACCCGUCAAGGUCUCCCAGCUCCAGUGAAGAUGGAGCUGGAGAGAGAGGAACUCGUGAGAGGUACUCGUGAGGGGUAUUUGGGACGUCUGCUUUGGAUGUGACGAGGCCUCGAUUAAACACAGACUACAGAAUGUCUCACAGCCUUUCCUCGGCUUCUCUCUCUUUGAAACCUCUACUGAGGACAGGUUGUGGGCUUGAACUUCAACGUUGGUUUGAUGAGUCCACGCAUGACUAGUAAACAAAUCAUCAGAAAGGAACUUCAGUCAGGAACGAAACCCAUCGAAAGUCAAAGCGCUUUGACGGACAGAAUAAAAUACACUUCUUCUUCUGCUGUAAUAAGAAUAAUAUCGUUUGGAGCAUCGACUUCCUUGUUCCUCGUGGCUCUCCUGAGAGGGCCGUGAUUAUGUGACCACAUCCUGGACUCAACAGGAUGCAGAGAAGUAACGGUUAACAAACGAGCACCAGCCAACGUCUGCGGACUUAGCGUCAUGGCCGCCUGACAGCAGCUCGUUUCUCUUUUGCUGCAUUGAGCACCUCGACGGUUCAGAAGCACUUGAUUAUCCAUUAUUAAUUAGAUCUGUACAUCACAUUAUCACUUCUCCACGGAAAGCAAAGGGAAGAACUGAGAUAUAAAUACAACUAAAUAAGAUGAUUAACAACAAACCAGAAAGAAAUACGACUUAGGGUCAAAAUAACUCUUAUUUAUAGAAAGUCAUGGAAACAAACUCAUGCUUGAGACGCUCACUACUGCAAAAAGACCAGAGAAGAAGAAGAAGGAGGAGGAGGAGCUUGAUAUUCAUGAUGCAAAACAAAUGAAGGCCUCAGUCGUCCCUCUCUGUAGUUGUUGCGUUACUUUACCCUCGUCAGACAUUGGUGACUUAGAUUUAAAUAGUCUGGAGACAAAAAAAGAAUUUUAGUUUCCUAAAGAAGAGUUUUUUUUUAAAUCUCAGGAGUCGUGCAGCAGAGCAGCACCACAGGGAGUCCAGUAUGGCAGCUGUGUGUGUGUGUGUGUGUGUGUGUGCGUGCGUGCGUGCGUGCGUGGGUGGGUGUGGGUGUGUGUGUGCGCUUGACUGUCGCUAUCAACCUUUUACAGGUAAAAAAAAAGUAAAUGUUUUGCCAAGUACACAUCCUGUUUACCUUUAUUUCUUGACGUUCUGCACUGUUUUAUAAUUUCUCUUCAUGUUUGCUGUCAAGCACAAAAUAUGGAAAUGAAUAAUAUGUCACUUUGUUCCUUCAACGCAAGCAGUUUAAACCGUUUUCAGGAAGCUGCUCUCCUCGUUUCCUCACCUUGUUUCCUCUCCUCGUUUCCUCACCUCGUCUCCUCACCUCGUUUCCUCUCCUCGGCUCGUCUCCUCUCCUUGUUUCCAGUGUGGGUAGCUUCAUCCAUCAUCGUCUGUUGUGAACUGAUGUUAUCUCUGAUGAAAACGUUCUGGAAGCAGUCAGUCAAUCUCACUGCAUGUGCAGAUGUUUGUGUUCCAUCAUUAUAUUUUAUGUUAUUUUUUGGUCAAACUACUUUAAUCUUCUUUCCAAACUUCAUAUAAAGCUUGUGUGACGGACAGCUGACAGCUGUGCGGCGCCCUCUAGUCUCCUCUCCUCGUCUCCUCGUCUCCUCUCCUUCUUGAUGUUGAGUGGUAAAGUGCAGCAGAGGCUGCUGUGCGUGUCGUUUACAUCUUAAGCUGCUGUAGUGAAGGUGAAGCCAGACGCAUUAUUGUGAUUUCAUCAUCGCUUCUCUUCUUUGAGUUUUUAGCCAAUGAAAUGUUCCUCACAAGGUCAAAGGUUACAUCGACAGCGUGUAUAUUAUUCACAUUGAUAUAAAACAGAACGUGUUGAACUGGUGAUUUAUUUCGGGUUCUUUAUAAAACUUCUUUGUUCCGGCCGUACUGUUCAUUGGUGUCACCCCGCUGUGGCCGGUAGAGUUAGUUAUUGACUAUACUGUUAUACCGCAGUAUAGUGCAGUAUAGUGCAGUAUAGUGCACGUGGCUCUCACUGCAGCACAGACUGCACCAGCAGGGCGAUGUGCACGGAACCAUAUUACAGAAACAUUUUCAACAAUAUCCACAAAACGUUCUUUUCUUAAAGAUUGCAUUGUGUUGACAUGUUUCAGCUUAGCUUUACAUCCCAUGAAUAACUCGGUGCACAUUAUUCCAUGUAUGUGAUGAACCUCACCUGGAGACAGUUUCACUCAUAACUGUUAAUAAUUCAUCAAGAAGCCAGCGUGACGGUAAUGAACUGAAGAUGCUGUUGUGCUAAAGGGUUGAAAUGUUCUCUUCACAGUUGAAUACAGCUUUAAACAUUCAUUGCCAAGUACUUUUGAAUUAUGUUUGUUGAUUGAUUGUGAAUCAGUUAUGAAUCAAAGUUAUUAUUAUGAAUGCCGUAUCUCUCUACGAUGUAUUAAGUUAUGUUUUUAAUUGGCAACAAACUGACUAAUUUAAACUCUGCAGCAGGACAAUCUCGCAGCAGCCUGCUGUGUGAACGACGAUGUAAUGUUUGCAGAAGUUGCACUAAAUGUUCAUACCAGACAGAGUCAAAUAAAGUGGAUUGAAUUCAGCACGAGUGUAUUUUAUCUUUCAUAAAUUCAGGGUUUUUAAAUUUAAAUUUCUUUCUGCCUCAAGCUCUCGAAAAAACGUUUCCUCUUUGUAUAUUUUGGUUAUUUGUGAGGAUACGUCAUGAAGCCGUUGUGGAGCGGUAUCAUCAUCACGGUGAAACCAGGACAGACAAACAGUCACUGAAGGAAACAAAACAUCCUGCGAUGGAUCUCAUGAACAUGCUGCUGGAUGUUUGAUAUCGUGGACCUUUACUCCGUCGUCACCGCCGACGUGCGUCCGUUUACGCCGGCCAAAUGUAAGGAAACAAAGUAUUCUUCUUAAAUGAAUCUCUGACAUUUAGACAACUUUUAUCCCACUUUAUCCAAUACAAAAGUUCAAAAGAAUCAAAAACACGAACAUUAAGACAAAGCUACAUCUGACUGCUUACAAAGAGUCAUACGUCUGAGAGUAGCACCGCCACAAAUAGAAGCAAAUAAUUCAGAUUAUGAAGUGAAAUAAUCUAAAUGAUUAAAAAAGGGAAACUAUCGUUUAGUCAUGUGUAUUGUGAGACGGGGUUACUUAAGAUACGUUUUUAAAUGCUUCAUGAACACCAAAUCAUACUGUGUAUAGAAUAUGUUUUACAGGAUAUUUAGUAUUUCCAGUCUCGAACAGAACUUGACCGUGUCACGUGCUGCCUGCUGUGCAGCAGACGGAGGUGAAGAUAAAACAAUCAUGGCGGCAAAAACUAAGACUAGAAAAGCUCAAAUGUAAAUGAACUUACUAAAAUGAAAGACUUAAAGCAGCUUAUAUGUAAAAUAAACAGCUUGUUUUAAACAUCGGAGGGAACAUUUACAUCCUUAUAACUGCAGAAUAGCAACACAGUCAAGUAUGAAAUACAGGUUAAGACGAGUUAUUUAUUAAACUUCUCCACGUGUGACUUUCAUCCUUUAACAUAAUUGAUGCACGGUUUACAGAACAGUAA